UUUUUCAAAAUAUAUAUCCUGAAUUGAAAAGCAAGGAACUGCAAAGAUUAUUAUUUUUUUCAUACUUGUGAGCUAUAAUGGAGGAUAGGAACAAGGAUGAUCCUCGAUUGGAGUUUCUCAACAUUUAUCUCCAAAAAACAUUUCGAUUAAAAGGAGACAAAUGGCAGAAAUUGAUGACUUCUGACGAUAGGAAUAUUGUGUUCGAUUGGCUCAAUGAUCCGAAAAGAGAGCGAUUGUGUUUUACGAUUGCACCGUCUGGCAAUCUCCUACCUUUCGUCAACUUUCCAGGCACUUCAAAAAGCAAAAUUUGCUAUUUCGUACGAAGGGAUUCGAUUGUGCUGACACCAGAAAAUAUGAGAGAGUCAUUAAUCUAUGGCGAUACAUCACCAACACCAAUCAAUGACCUGUCAGCAAUAUUAGAUGACAUCGUCUAUCCAAUCCUCAGCAAUCCAGUAAACACCGUUGGAUGGCCUGAAGUCAUUAAAAAAGAUGUUGAUUCACAUGUUCAGGAAUUACGCAAUAUAAUCGCUGAGGUGAAAGGCAGCAUAAGUAAUCAAACAAUUCUACCUAUGCCAAUAGCUAUUGAAAGAAUUUUUGAUUUGGAACAUGAAGUUAGCAUUGGCAACAUAGACGUAAUUGACAUAAAGGUGAAAAAUUCAUUGGAAGGAAUUGUCAUAAAAUGGCAUGCACAAAUCGACAAGAUACUCAAAGACUCGUCAGCAAAUUUAUUUAAUAGGCACUUAAAUCCAACACCAUCGGAGGAGCUGAGGUUUUGGAAUAAGCGACGCAGCAACAUAUCAAAUAUUUAUGAUCAAUUGACAGACCCACGAGUCAAAUCGAUCGGGAAUAUUUUAGAGAUGAUUAAUUCCGUCUAUACUGCAUCAUUUUUCACGACUUUUAAGGAUGUGGUGACUGCACUUCAUGAAGCUGACGAUGUGACUUUGUGGCUAAAGCCAUUGGAACCACAUUUUGAACGAUUUGAACGUGAAGAAUUUAUUGAAAAUACUGACAAGAUUGAGCCUUUAUAUCACGUAAUAUGCCUUGUCUGGGCUCAUUCAAAAUAUUAUGGAUCAAAUAAUCGAAUGAUUGUGCUUUUCAAAAUGAUCAACAACAUGAUGAUCGAGUGUUCCUCGAAGUUCCUCGAUCCUGGAUCUAUUUUUCAAGGUGAACCUGAUGAAUCACUAGCUGUCCUCAAUAAAGUCAUUGCCAUUUUGGAGGAGCAUAAGACAUGCUUCAUCAUUUAUCGUGACAAACUUCCAUCAUACGCACUGCCUGACAAAAUAACAACGAUGUGGACGUUCAUGCCAAAAGAUGUAUUCGAUCGAUUUGACAAAUAUCUAAGACGACUUUACAAAAUUCAAGCAAUAUUCGAGACAGCAAAUGAGUUCUAUAAAAUUGAGAAACUAGAGCUUGGAGGUCUUAGAGGCCGUGGACUAAGCAGAACAAUACAGGAAAUUAAUACUGACUUUAAGAAUGUUUAUGUAAAAUGGACACAAAUUCAAUUUGAUCCACUUGAGCCAUCAUCAAAUGAGUUUGAGAUUGAAAGAAAGCAAUUUGAACGAGAAUCAGAAGUUCUUGAGAGAAAGUUGUCAUCAGUUCUUGUCCAAGAAUUCGAAGAAUGUCCCACAUUAGAAGCCUUUAUAAAAUUCAUCCAAGUUUGUGGAACUCUUCUUCUACGUCCAUUAAUUUUUAAUGAAGUUAAGGAGAAGCUGAAUAGAUUCGUCACUUACUAUUUAGACGAUUUAGAUUUGGUGAAGGAAAUAUUUGACAAUGGAUUGGAAGUGAUUGAAAAACACGGAAUAAAUAAAUUACAAGUCGAUAAAGGAUUUCCACCUGUUGCUGGUACAUUGACAUGGAUAAAGCGAUUGAAAAGAAGAAUAACAAGACCGAUAGAAGAGCUGCCAUACAUAGAAAUAAAGAGCAUAUUUGAAAUGACUGAAUUGAACAAUAACUUGGGUAUUGUGUGUGGGUUGCUUGAUAAUCUUGAAAUUAAAGUAUAUGAGGAAUGGAAACGAACAGUUCCUAUCGAUAUUAGUGUAAAUAUGGAAAAAUAUUUACUCGUCUUUGAACCUGACGGACUGCUUAAAGUGAACUUUGAUAUUGCCCUUAUAACAGCAUUAAAGGAAAUCCGCAUGUUAAAAGCUCUUGGAAAAAUUGACAUUCCCGAUAUAGCAAUAGAACUUCAUGAAAAUACUGAUUCAUUGUGGCGAGCUCGCGUGAUGUUGUCAAGAAUUGUGGAUUGGUAUAAUGAAGUAAAAUUGAAAGUGGUUCCAUGUGAAUUUGACAUCAUAAAAAAGGAAUUUGAAUUGAUCAAUAACAAAUUGUUGAUAGCACUUGAAACAGCAAAAUGGAGUGAUUAUGAGGAAGUCUAUAUCUUAGAUUUACAUGGUGAUCUUCAAAACUUAAACGAACGGGUGUUGAAGGCAAAGGGAAAUGUCGAUAAAAUUAUUAAAAGCUUAAAAAGUUGGGGUGAUCGUCCGAUGUAUGUGAGACAGGAUGGUGAUCCACAUGAAUUAAUGUAUCCAGAUAAGUUUGAUGACUUUAUUUCUGAACGACAACAUGAUGUGAUAUGCACUAAGCAGUUAAUUGAUGAGAUUGUCGAUGAGAACUUCCGAUUGUUCUUUAAUCUUCCUUUAAAGAAGCCAGCAACUAAAAAGCGUGUAAGUGGAAGUAAAAAGUCAUUUUUGGAGUCAUUUGAGACACUCAAGAAUCUUGACUUAGAAAGAUCAUCAGCUAUUGAUCGUCCAAGUGAAACAAAUGUCUCAGAACUAGAUAAAUCAGCACAAGUGACGACAUCAUCAAUGAUAACUUUAAAACCAGUCACCAUUACAUCAUCAACCCUCUCAUUUGACAAUGAUGAAAUCAUAAAAACCGAAGACCAAUUAAGACUUUACCGAGCUUACGAAGAACAUCUAGACAUAUUGAUUUUAAAGGAAAUCCAAAAUGCUUUGCAUGUCAGCUUAUUGUACAUGAAGAUUGAAAUGGAAAAUCGAAUGGAAAAAAUUGAUGCACCACUUUUUGAAGUUAAACUUGAGCUUCAGGAGCCGCUUUUAUGUUAUUUUCCUGCCAUGGAUAGCAAUUUAAAGGCAGCCAAGGGAUUUAUGAGUACUUUAACAUCAAUGAUAGCAAACAUUUUAAACAUGACAGAUAUGAUUCCGAUGAUUGCACAACCACCUAAAUUCAAUGGAAUCGCAACUUUCGAAUACUAUCUUGAACUAUUCAAUAACAAGGAAUUUCCAAACGAAGAGUUUGAGGAAAUUGAUAAUAUACAAUUGGAUAUUAUACAAAUGGCACGCGAUGGCAUUAAAGAUGCACAAAACUUUUUGACUGAAUUUGACAAAUAUAGUUUCCUGUGGCUGAUUGAUAAGAAAAAACAUUUAAGUGAAUUCCUCAAGUACGGAAGACAUUUGACGAAAGAGGAACAGGACGAAAUUGAAAAUGGAAAUUUGGAAAUUAAGCAACAACAACCGCAACUCAAUGACUUUAAAAAUAUAAUUGAAUUUUAUGAUCAAUUGUACAAUGAAAUUGAAAAGAUUGACGAUUUGUUUAAUGUCAAUUCGUGGCUUCGUGUCAAUUUAAAAGGACUUAAGUACAGCCUAUUGAAUUCAGUGUCUAAAUGGAGUUAUUUAUUCAAAGAAUAUCUCCGUAAUAAAGUCAUAAAUGAUUUGAUUGAGCUUGAAGAAUUCAUAAGAGACAGUACAGUAUUAUUAGAACAGGAACCAUCAAAUGAAGAUUAUGAACUUCUCCUAAAGAUUCUCAAGACUUUAAGUCUUAUCAAUGAACGAGAAAGAAAAACUGAUGAAAUGUUUGAACCACUCAAGAAAGUUGUGGACCUUCUCAAAACAUACGAUGUCAAAUUUGACGAUCGUAUUGGAGAUCAAUUUGCUGAAUUGCCAGAGAAGUGGAUAACGCUCAAGAAACUUGGAGUCUUAGUGAAACAGAGCAUUGGUGCUGUUCGAUCUUAUCAAGUUGACUUGAUCAAGAAACGAAUUUUGAUGUUUGAUCUUCGGACGAAGCUGUAUUAUGAGAAAUUCAUGCGAUUGCCGUUCUUCAAUGUCCCAUGUAGUCAAGACAUCUAUGAGCUCUGUGAUGUCGUCAACACUGAUUUAACAGAUAUGGAGCAGCAACUUGCAACACUGAGAGAAUCUGCUAUUCAUUUCCAAUUGGCACUGCCAGAUGAGACAAAAUUAUUACUAUGCAGAAAGCUAGCAAAGCAGAUCAAAAAUAUUUGGGACUUUAUGCUUGCUGUUUCAUCAUGUAUUGAUGAUUGGAAAAUAACACCAUGGAAGAAGAUUAAUGUUGAGGAUAUGGAAAAUGAAUGCAAAAGAUUCUCAAAGGAAAUGAGAGGAUUCGAAAAAGAAACUAAGACUUUGAAGCCUUAUCUUGAGACUGAAUCGAUGAUUAAGAACUUAUUGACAUCAUUAAGAGCAAUCAUAGAGCUGCAAAAUCCGGCAAUUCGAGAACGUCAUUGGAUUGACUUAAUGUACUCUACAAAGGUUCGAUUCGAAAUGACUGACAAAACGACUUUGGCUCAGUUGCUGGAUCUUCAGCUGCAUCGAUUUGAGGAAGAAGUCAAAAAUAUCGUCGAUAAAUCUGUCAAGGAGAUGGCAAUGGAAAAGACAUUGAACGAGAUUAAUUCAACAUGGAAGACAAUGAAGUUUUCAGUGGAUAUACACGACAGAACAAAAAUCAAAGUCAUUCGAGUUCGAGAAGAAACUCUUGAAAGUUUAGAAGAGAAUCAAGUGCAAUUACAAAACAUGCUGUCUUCUAAAUUUGUUGGUUUCUUCCUUAAAGAAGUCACAAAAUGGCAAACAUUAUUGUCAAAUGCUGAUCAAGUUAUAUCAAGUUGGUUGGAAGUUCAGAGAAAAUGGAUGUAUUUGGAGAGUAUUUUCAUUGGAUCUGAAGAUAUUAGAAGUCAAUUGCCACAAGAAGCUAAACGAUUUGAGGAUGUUGAUAAAACAUUUAAAUCUCUUCUGAAUAAUAUGAUGGAUAACUUAACUGUCAUUGAUGCUACAAACAAGCACGGUCUUUUUGACAAAUUGGAUGCUUUACUUAAGCAAUUAGUGCUGUGCGAAAAGGCACUCAAUGAUUAUUUAGAGACAAAACGUUUGGCAUAUCCACGAUUCUAUUUCGUAUCAAGUGCUGAUUUGUUGGACAUUUUAUCAAACGGAAAUAUUCCUGAAAGAGUUGCCAAGCAUCUCACAAAGUUAUACGAUUCAAUUGCUAAGUUAAUUUUCAAAAAAGGAACAAAAAUUGCUGUGGAAAUGUUUUCCAAAGAGAAUGAUGAAACUGUUCCAUUUUAUGAGCCUUGUGAUUGCAGUGGAAAGGUUGAAAUUUGGCUAAAUCGACUCACUGACAUGAUGCGUAAAACUUUACACAUUUUAUUCCGAUCAUCAGUAAUUGCUUAUGAAGUGAAGACACGAGAGAUUUGGGUAUUUGAUUGGCCAGCACAAACUGCAUUGUGUACGACACAAAUUUGGUGGACAACGGAAGUAAACAUAGCAUUUACUAAAUUGGAAGAAGGCUACGAGAAUUCAAUGCGAGAUUACCAAAAGAAGCAAAUUAUACAACUUAAUUCACUUAUUGAACUUCUUUUGGGAGAUUUAACGCCUGGUGAUCGUCAAAAAAUCAUGACAAUUUGUACAAUCGAUGUUCAUUCGCGAGAUGUUGUCGCGAAAAUGAUUUUACAAAAAGUUGACAGCUCAAAUGCAUUCCAAUGGCAAAGUCAGUUGAGACAUCGAUGGGAUAAAGAGUUUGAUGAUUGUUUUGCUAACAUUUGUGAUGCACAAUUCAGAUAUGAUUAUGAAUAUCUCGGAAAUACACCAAGAUUGGUCAUUACUCCACUCACAGAUCGAUGUUACAUUACAUUGACUCAGAGCUUGCAUUUAAUUAUGGGCGGUGCUCCAGCUGGCCCCGCUGGAACUGGAAAGACUGAAACGACUAAGGAUUUAGGUAGAGCACUUGGAAUUAUGGUUUACGUCUUCAACUGUAGCGAGCAAAUGGAUUACAAGUCAUGUGGAAAUAUCUACAAAGGUUUAGCACAAACUGGUGCAUGGGGAUGCUUUGAUGAGUUCAACAGAAUUUCAGUUGAGGUAUUGUCUGUAAUAGCCGUUCAAGUCAAAACCAUACAAGAUGCCAUGAAGGCCAAAAAUAAAAAGAAAACUUUCAAUUUUAUGGGCGAAACUAUUACUUUAGUGCCGACAAUUGGUCUGUUUAUCACUAUGAAUCCUGGUUAUGCUGGUCGAGCAGAGCUUCCUGAAAAUUUAAAAGCAUUAUUCAGACCUUGUGCUAUGGUUGUUCCUGACUUUGAGUUGAUUUGUGAAAUCAUGUUGGUUGCUGAAGGCUUUCAAGAAGCUCGUUUACUUGCCAGAAAAUUCAUUACACUCUACACUUUAUGUCGAGAAUUGCUAUCGAAGCAGGAUCAUUAUGAUUGGGGAUUGCGUGCUAUCAAAUCCGUACUUGUAGUCGCUGGAGGAUUAAAAAGAGCUGAUCGACAAUGGCCAGAAGAUCAAGUGUUAAUGCGAGCACUUCGUGACUUUAAUGUACCGAAAAUCGUAACUGCUGACAUGGAGAUAUUUUUGGGCUUGAUCGGUGACUUAUUCCCAGCACUUGAUGUUCCGAGAAAGGCAAAUCCUGAAUUUGAAGCUGUUAUACGUAAAUCAGUCGAUGAUUUGAGCCUUCAAUAUGGAGAUUCUGAUGGAUUCAUUCUUAAAGUUGUGCAAUUAGAUGAAUUAUUUGCCGUUCGACAUUCCGUUUUUAUUGUUGGAAAUGCUGGAACAGGAAAAACUCAAGUCUGGAAGACACUCUUUAAAACUUAUUUGAAUCAAGCGCGCCGACCAAUAUUUCAUGAUUUAAAUCCAAAAGCUGUGACUAAUGAUGAACUUUUUGGUGUCAUAAAUCCUUCAACUCGUGAAUGGAGGGAUGGACUUUUUUCAAAUAUCAUGAGAGAGCAGGCAAACAUUUCUAAUCCAGGACCUAAAUGGAUUGUUCUUGACGGAGACAUCGAUCCUAUGUGGAUUGAAUCACUGAAUACUGUUAUGGAUGAUAAUAAGGUUUUGACAUUGGCUAGUAAUGAACGUAUAGCUUUAACGAAGGAAAUGAGACUUCUCUUUGAGAUUUCUAAUUUGAAAACAGCAACUCCAGCAACAGUCUCUCGUGCUGGAAUCCUCUACAUCAAUCCACAGGAUCUUGGCUGGUCACCAUUUGUCACGUCAUGGACAAAUCAAAGAACUGAUCCACAAGAAAGAAAGCAUUUGGAAAUGCUCUUCUCUAAAUACUUCCCGAUUCUUCUUGAAAAUCAUCAAAAGUUUAAGAAAAUCACUCCGAUAUCAGAAAUAGCCAUGAUUCAAAUGACAUGCUUCUUGCUUGAUUGUCUCCUUACUCCUCAAAAUGUACCACCAGAAUCGUCAAGAGAUUUAUAUGAACAAUACUUUUGUUUUGCCUCAAUUUGGGGCUUUGGAUCUGCAUGCUUCCAAGAUCAAUUGCUUGACUGGAGAAAUGAAUUCUCAAAAAUGUGGACUGGUGAAUUUAAGGAUGUCAAAUUUCCACCAGCUGCUACUGUCUUUAAUUAUUACAUCGAUCCAAAAACAAAGGAGUUUUGUCCGUGGUCAAAUUUAGUAAAAAAAUACGAAAUGGAUCCAGACAUACCAUUACAAGCAACUUUGGUUCCAACAGCAGACACAACAAGACUUCGAUACUUUAUGGACAUGUUGAUUGAUAAAAGACAUCCAGUGAUGUUAGUCGGUGGAAGUGGAACUGGCAAAAGUGUUAUAGUAUCCGAUAAAUUGCAAAGUAUGUCUGAUAAUUUUGCUGUUCAAAAUGUCCCAUUUAAUUUCUAUACAACGAGUGAAAUGCUCCAAAAAGUUUUAGAAAAGCCACUUGAAAAGAAAGCUGGAAAGAAUUACGGACCACCGGGAAAUAAAACAAUGAUUUAUUUCAUUGAUGACAUGAAUAUGCCUAUGGUCGAUAAUUAUGGAACUGUUCAAGCACACACUCUAAUUCGGCAAUUCUUUGACUAUAGUCAUUGGUACGAUCGAAGCAAAUUGAGUCUCAAGGAAAUCAAAAAUAUACAAUUUGUAUCGAGCAUGAAUCCAACAAGUGGCAGCUUUACAAUAAAUCCUCGUUUACAACGACACUUUUGUGUUUUCUCCGUCAAUUAUCCACAAAUCAAUCAAAUGUUUGACAUUUAUUACCAGAUAUUAACGCAACAUGUAGCAAAUCCGUUAAAUAAAUUCCAACCAAAUAUUUCGCGUGUAUGCGAGCAAGUUAUCAAUGCGGCAUUAAAUCUUCAUUUUCGUAUGGCACAAGUGUUCAUGCCAACGGCAAUUAAGUUUCAUUACAUCUUCAAUUUACGUGAUUUGGCGAAUAUUUUUCAAGGAAUGUUGUUCAGUACGGGUGAUACAUGCAGCGAUUCAACUCAAAUGAUUCAGUUAUGGACACAUGAAGCUAGUCGUGUUUAUUGUGAUAAACUAGUUGACCAACAAGACAUUGAAGCUUUCCAUAAAAUUAUCGGUGAUGUUGUCAAAAAGAAUUUCGAAGGAAUCGAUGACAAUAUGAUUUUUGUAAAGCCAAUGAUUUAUUGUCAUUUUGCUGAAGGUUUACAAGAAUCCAAAUAUAUGCGAAUCAAGGAAUGGCCAAAAUUAAAUCGACUCCUUGAAGAUGCUCAAACCAAUUACAAUGAACUUGUUGGAUCGAUGAAUUUAGUGUUCUUUGAAGAUGCUAUGGCUCAUAUUUGUCGAAUCAGCCGAAUACUUGAAAGUCCUCGUGGAAAUGCUUUAUUAAUCGGUGUUGGUGGUUCAGGAAAGCAAUUAGCAGCAAGACUAGCUGCCUUUAUUUCAAACCUUGAAGUCUUCCAAAUUCAAUUGAGGAAAGGAUACUCACUAGUUGACAUGAAAGCAGAUUUGGCAGCACUUUAUCUUAAAGCUGCUAUUAAGAAUCUCCCCUGUUUGCAUCUAAUGACAGAUUCACAAGUUGCAGAGGAAUCAUAUUUAGUCUUGAUCAAUGACAUGCUUGCAUCUGGUGAGAUACCAGAACUAUUCCCAGAUGAUGAAAUUGAUAAUAUUUGCAAUGGAGUUAGGAAUGAGCUCAAACAGCAAGCAAUUAUGGAUACAAAAGAGAACUGCUGGAGAUAUUUCAUCGAAAAAGUUCGUCGAAUGCUUAAGACUGUUUUGUGCUUCUCACCUGUUGGAUCUACACUUCGAAUUCGUGCCAGAAAAUUCCCAGCUAUAAUAAAUUGCAGUUCAAUCGAUUGGUUCCAUGAAUGGCCUCAAAAUGCACUUGAAUCUGUGUCCAAGAGAUUCUUAUCGGAAAUAACUGUUCUUCCAUCAAGUAUACUCGAUUCUGUUUCAAUAUUUAUGGCACAUGUUCAUAAGAGUGUUAAUGAAAUGUCUCAAUUGUAUAUGCUGAAUGAGAAACGCUAUAACUACACAACACCAAAAUCAUUCUUGGAAUUAAUUUCUUUGUUUGAAAAGCUUUUGGUCCAAAAGAAUUAUGAAUACAAAGAUCGAAUGUCAAGAUUGAAAAAUGGAUUAAUUAAAUUAGAUCAAUGUGCAGAACAAGCCGAUGUGUUAAAAAAAGACUUAGCAGUUCAAGAAGUUGAAUUAAAUAUCAAAAAUGAGGCAGCUGAUGAACUUAUUGAAGCUGUUAAUGCUGAAAGUGAACGAGUACAAACUAGUAAAGGUAACGCAACAGAUAAGCAGAGAAGUGUAAACAUUAUGAAGGAACAGAUCACAAUAGAAAAGCGAGCAAAUGAAGAAGAGCUGAGAAAAGCUAAGCCUGAACUUGAUAAAGCUGCAGAAGCUUUAAAUACACUCAACAAGACUAAUUUGACUGAAUUGAAAUCAUUUGGAGCGCCACCAGACAUUGUAGUUAAGGUUUGUGCAGCUGUGCUAGUUCUCUAUUCAAAGGGAAAGAUUCCAAAAGAUCGAAGUUGGAAGCAAUGCAAAUUAAUGAUGUCUAAAGUUGAUGAAUUUUUGAAUAGUCUAGUGAACUUUGAUAAAGACAACAUCCCACCAGAAGUAAUCAAAGAAGUCAAUAUCUAUAUGGACGAUCCAGAAUUUGACGGAGAGAGAAUCAAAACGAGAUCACUCGCUGCAGCUGGUUUGGCAAAAUGGGUCGUUGGAAUCGUCGGAUAUAAUGCUGUAUAUCUAAUGGUUGAACCUAAAAUUCGAGCUGUACGCGAGUCUGAAAAAGCUCUUGCUGAAGCUCAAACUGAAGUUGAUGAGUUGGAAGAACGCGUAGAUGAAUUAGAAAGAGCUUUGAUGGUGAUUAAAGCUAAGCAAGAUGAAGCAGAGGCAGAGAAGAAGAAAUGCCAAACCGAAGCUGAUAAAACAGCAAAUCAAAUUGAUUUAGCUUAUCGUCUUGUCAAUGGUUUGCAGUCUGAGAAAGUCCGAUGGCGAGAUUUGAUUGGUUCUUUCCAAGCUAAGCUUGUUACACUUCCUGGUGAUAUUUUAAUACUCUCAUGCUUUAUAUCUUAUGUUGGAUGUUUUACACGAAGAUAUCGACAAGAAUUACUACAAACUAAAUGGAUACCAACAUUUAAGAGAAUCAAGCCUGACAUAGCCUUUUCUGAAUUCAAUGAUCCACUUGCAUUGAUUUGUGAUGAUGCAAAAGUUGCUGAAUGGAAUAAUGAAGGACUUCCAGCUGACAGAAUGUCAACAGAAAAUGCUACAAUAUUAACAAAUUCUGAUCGAUGGCCAUUAAUGAUUGAUCCACAACUUCAGGCAAUAAAAUGGAUUAAACAAAAGUAUGGAGAUAAAUUAAGAGUGCUUCGUUUAAGUCAUAAAGGAUAUCUAGACACUAUUGAAAGUGCAAUUACAAAUGGCGAGACUUUAUUGAUUGAAAAUAUUGAGGAAUCAAUUGAUGCUGUACUAGAUCCUCUUUUGGGACGUGUUUUAAUUAAGAAAGGAACAUGCAUCAAGAUUGGUGAUCGCGAAAUCGACUACAAUCCAAGCUUCCGUUUAAUUUUGCAUACGAAACUUGCAAAUCCACAUUACAAGCCAGAAAUUCAAGCACAGACGACAUUGAUAAACUUUACAGUUACACGUGAUGGUCUUGAAGAACAAUUGCUGGCUGAAGUCGUCAAAGCUGAACGACCUGAUCUCGAAGAACAAAAGGCAACAUUAACACAGGAGGAGAAUUCAUAUAAAAUCUUAUUAAAGCAAUUGGAAGAUGACUUGCUAAGUCGUUUGAGUUCUGCGGGUGAAAAUGUUCUUGAAGAUCCAACUCUUGUCUACAACUUGGAAAAGACGAAAAAGACAUCAGCAGAAAUAGAAACCAAACGAACAUUGACAAAGAAAACAACAGCUGUAAUUGACAGUACUCGUGAAAGUUAUAGACCAGCGGCUGAAAGAGCAUCAAUUCUCUAUUUCAUAUUAAAUGACCUUUAUAAGAUCAAUCCAAUUUAUCAAUUUUCACUCAAAGCAUUUACAGUUGUCUUCAAGGAUGCCAUUAUGAAGACACCUCCAAGUGAAGAAAUUUCCAUUCGUGUCAACAAUUUGAUUGAUUCAAUUUCAUACUCUGUAUUCAUGUACACAUCACGAGGUCUUUUCGAACGUGACAAAUUAACAUUCUUGUCACAAAUGAUUAUUCAAAUUUUGAUUCAGUCAAAGGAAAUUGUAGCAGCUGAAUUGGAUUUCCUUCUUCGUUUUCCAUAUCAGCCAAACAUGCAGUCACCUGUUGAUUUCCUUACAAAUGUGUCAUGGGGUGGUAUUGUGACAUUGAGCAAUAUUAAUGAGUUUGCAACUCUUGAUAAAGACAUUGAAGGAUCGCCAAAUCGUUGGAGGAAAUUUAUUGAUGCUGAAGCGCCUGAAAAUGGCAAAUUUCCUGGAGAAUGGAAGCAAAAGACUGCAUUACAGCGUUUAUGUAUUAUGAGGUGUAUAAGACCCGAUAGAAUGAGUUAUGCCAUGAGAGAGUUCAUAAGAGAGAAAUUAGGCUCAAAAUAUGUCGAAACACGAACUAUUGAAUUUGCAAGGUCAUACGAAGAAAGCAGCAACAACAUUCCAAUAUUUUUCAUAUUGUCACCCGGUGUCGAUCCAUUGAAGGACGUUGAGAAAGUUGGAAACUUUUUGAAAUUCUCGUCUGAUCGUGGAAACUUCCACAAUGUAUCGCUUGGUCAAGGUCAGGAAAAAGUAGCUGAAGAUGCCAUCGACAUAGCUGCAAAAGAUGGUCAUUGGGUUAUUUUACAGAACAUUCAUUUGGUUGCUAAAUGGCUUUCAAGUCUGGAGAAGAAAAUGGAAGCAGCUGCAGAAAGUUCUCAUCCAAGUUAUCGACUUUUCAUGAGUGCCGAGCCAGCAGAACUUGCAGAGUAUCACAUUAUCCCGCAAGGAAUACUUGAAUCAGCCAUUAAAAUCACAAACGAACCGCCAACGGGAAUGAGAGCAAAUAUGAUUAAAGCUUUGGAUAAUUUCAGUCAAGAAACACUCGAAAUGUGUUCAAAGGAAUCUGAAUUUAAGGCUGUUUUAUUCUCAUUGUGUUACUUCCAUGCUGUUGUUGCUGAAAGACGCAAAUUUGGUCCACAAGGAUGGAAUAGAAAUUAUCCAUUCAAUGUUGGUGAUUUAACGAUCAGCGUUUAUGUCCUGUGGAACUAUUUGGAAGCAAAUGCAAAAGUACCUUGGGAAGACUUGAGAUAUCUCUUUGCUGAAAUCAUGUAUGGUGGACAUAUUACUGAUGAUUGGGAUCGUCGAUUAUGUCGAACAUAUUUAGAGGAAGUCUUGACACAAGAUUUAAUUGACGGUGAUAUAAAUUUGUGUGCAGGAUUUUCAGCACCACCGAAUCUCGACUAUGCUGGAUAUCAUAAAUAUAUUGACGAAAAUAUGCCACCAGAAUCACCUGCUUUAUAUGGUCUACAUCCAAAUGCUGAAAUUGGGUUCCUUACAACAGUUGCUGAGAAUCUUUUUAAAACAAUUUUCGAGCUACAACCAAGAGAUUCUGGAGCAUCAGCAGGUAGCGGUGGAAUUCAGCAGUCACGUGAAGAUACAAUAAGAGGAAUGGUUGAUGACUUGAUUGAGAAAUUACCAGAAGUUUUCAUGAUGACAGAUUUAUAUGCUAGAACUGAGGAUCGUUCACCAUUUGUGCUUGUUGCCUUCCAAGAAUGUGAACGCAUGAAUAUUUUAAUAACUGAAAUUAAAAGUACAUUGAGGGAACUAAGAUCAGGCUUGAAAGGAGAAUUAACAAUAUCACCGGACAUGGAAACCUUAAUGACAUCCGUAUUUUUCGAUAAAGUUCCUGAAAGUUGGGCAAAACGAGCAUAUCCAAGUUUAUUGGGAUUACAAUCUUGGAUUGUUGACUUGAUGAUGCGUGGAAAGGAAUUGGAAAAUUGGUCUACAGACUUCGUUCUUCCAUCAUCGAUUUGGUUAGCUGGAUUCUUCAAUCCACAGUCAUUCUUAACAGCCAUCAUGCAGCAAACAGCACGUAAAAAUGAAUGGCCACUCGAUAAAAUGUGCCUUAAUUGUGAUGUCACGAAGAAGCAAAAGGAUGACUUUAAUUCACCACCACGUGAAGGUGCUUAUAUCAAUAGUUUAUACAUGGAAGGUGCUCGAUGGGAUACAUCAAUGAAUUCUGUAGUGUCAGCACAAUUGAAGGAGCUCUUCCCACAAAUGCCAGUUGUUUUCGUGAGAGCAGUUACGCAAGAUAAACAGGAUACGAAAAAUGUUUACGAAUGUCCACUUUACAAAACUCGACAACGUGGUCCAACGUAUGUGUGGACUUUUAAUUUAAAAUCAAAAGAAAAGGCAUCAAAAUGGACUUUAGGAGGAGUUGCAUUACUUUUGCAAGUAUAAGCUUUAUUAUUAUUUAUUUAUCAAGUAGUAAUAAAAUUACACAAUAAAAUUGUCAGUGUUAAAAUAGAAUCAAAUCUAUUCAUCACCUUCAUGGAAAUAUUUCUGAAUAUUCAAAUUCAUUCCGUGUGUGUUUUGCCGAUGAAUUUUGAGAUCUUGAAGGAACUUAUAUCGUAGCUGACACUCGUCAAGUCCACAUUCAUAAAUUUCAUCUGUUUGAUGCAGUGCAACUGAGUGAUUCUUAAGUGUAGCUAGCUUUUUGAAAGACUUACCGCAAAUCUUACAAGAAAAUAUUGCACUGUCUUUAUCGUGUGUUCUGAGAUGAGCAGUAAGCAGUGAUUUGGAUGCAAAUUUACUAUUGCAUAUUUCACAUCGAAAAAGUCGUUCAUUAUGAUCGUGGAUUGAAUUAAUAUGUGACUUUAAAUGAUGUUCAGUCUUAAAAGAUGCAUUGCAUGAAUCAAAACUGCAAUGGAAUGGACGAUCUUCAGGUACGGAGUGCUUUGAGAUCUCAUGCUGUCGACAUGUUUCUUCAGUUAAGAAUUUAGUUCCACAAUAAUUACAUUUAAAUUGGCAUGUAUGAAACCUGAUGUGAUUAACGUAAUCCUCAACUUCUGCAUUACAUUCGAAACAAAAUUUUUGUGGAUUACUUAUUAUCACAUCAUGAUCAUCUGAGUAAUGCUUAGCAGCUAUUAUCUUGGUUACAAAUUGCUUUCCACAAUAUCUGCAUGGAUACUUAUAAGUACGCUUCUUUCGUGGUCUAUAGCAGUUCUUUUCGAUAUGAUUCUUAAGAUGAUCUGAUGUAUCGAAAAUAUCAUUACAAUUUGGACAUCGAUAGCAAACGGUUCCAUUGACAUCCCUACUUAAAUAUUUUUGUACUUCAGAGUUUCUAUUAUGUGUCCUUUCGUGUGCAUUCCUUAUCGUUGAUGUUGCAAAGGCUUUACCGCAUAAUGAGCAUUUAUGUGGUCGUUGCUUCAGAUGAAUAGCUUUUAUAUGUCUCUGUAAGCUACCAUUAUUAACAACUGUUUUUGUGCAAUAUGGACAUUUCAAUCCCUUUUGAUCCUCAUGACUUUUCAUAUGUAGUCGAAGUUGUAAGUUUGAGGAGAAAUUCUGAUCACAGAUUGUGCAUUUUUGAACUAUAGAUUUCUUGAUGUUACAGCUUUGUGAAUGAUGUCUAAGACCCAGCGUAUUCUUAAAGAUUAUAUGACAAUUUGUGCAUUGAAAUGGAUUUUCCGUUUCAGCCUCAAUUUCAUCGAUCAUUGACUCGUCCUCAAAUAUUUCUUCUGUUUCAACUAGUGCCACUGUUUCUAUGACUUCUUCUGUGUCAAAAGAUUCGAUGUCUGGAUUAGAUUCUUCAAUAAUUUCGUCAUAUUCCUCAAAAACCAUUUGAGAUUCAUCAUUUUGCAAGUAUUUCUCAAUUAACUCAUUUAAUUGAUUCCAGGAAGUAAGUUUAUCAAAAUCCUUGUAUUCAUACUCAUCACUUAUUAUCUUUACAUCCAUUUCCCUAUUGAUUAUGAGCUUAAAAAUCAUAAUAACAUCAUUAAACUCAUCGUCAUUAAAAAGUUUGUAGAGACAAACUCCUUGAUUGUUCUUAAAUACUCUUAAUAUAUCACUGGAACAUCGUUGGUCAAUUUCAGUAUUUAGAUCCUCAAAGUCUAGUUCCUUUUCAUCCCACGACAUAUCCUUAAUCUCUAAUUAAACUAGUUAAAAUUUGUUUUUGAUAAAAAUGACAAAAAAGUUUGUUUACAAAUUUGAAUGUAACCGUUAAUUU